UGUGCACAGCGAUUUGAAGAGAGAAGUUUUUUUCCCUGGUGCGUCUCCGGCAGUUUGCGAGUCAACGGGGAGGAGGACUCGAGCGCCACAAAUGAUUCGUACGAGUCUCAGCAACAGGGCAGCGAGAGAAAUGUCAGGGACUGCCCCGGCAGCCUUGAGCGAGGGGAAGCGCGACUAGUCGGAUGCACCGCAACGCGGAAAAAUAUUCCGGGGGAGAGAAUGCGAAUGGUGAGAGGAUACCGAAGUCAAACAAAAUGGAAACGAUGUAGCGUCGCUGCGACAGUUCACAUAGCUAGAACUAACGGUAGAGUAGAGAGUAGAUAGCUAAGGGGCUAGCAGGUUAACUAACAUACAUGUAAAGUUAUUCCCGGGAGCAGCUGAAGCGGAGCCUCGGAGGCGUCUGUUGAAUCGGGAGAGUUCACCAGUGUCGCGGGAUCAAAGAAGAUAAUCGGAAGAAGAUGCUCCGGAGAAGACUAAACCGUUUGCUUGGCGGCGAUGAGAGAAGAGUAGACAGCAGGACUAUCUAUGUUGGUCAUCGGUCAUCUUCUACCAAUGAGGCUUUCAUCCCACCCAAGUUCUGUGAUAACAGGAUUGUGUCUUCCAAGUAUACAGUUUGGAACUUUAUACCAAAGAACCUGUUUGAACAGUUCAGAAGAAUCGCCAAUUUCUACUUUCUUAUCAUUUUCCUGGUGCAGGUGAUCGUGGACACCCCCACAAGCCCAGUCACCAGCGGCCUACCCUUGUUUUUUGUGAUUACAGUUACUGCUAUAAAGCAGGGCUACGAGGACUGGCUGCGGCACAAGGCUGACAAUGAGGUGAAUAAGUACCCAGUGACGGUGCUGGAGCAAGGCCGGAGCGUGCAGAAGGAGAGCGAGAAGAUCAAGGUUGGAGAUGUUGUGGAGGUGGAAGAAGAUGUGACUUUUCCCUGUGAUUUAAUACUGCUGCAGUCAAGCCGAGAUGACGACACAUGUUUCGUUACCACAGCAAGUCUGGAUGGAGAGUCCAACCAUAAAACCCAUUACACAGUGCCAGAGACAGAGAAGGAUCUGGAAUGUCUCAACGCCACCAUCGAGUGUGAACAACCACAGCCUGACCUUUACAAGUUUGUCGGCCGUCUGCACAUCUAUAAAAACGACCAGGAGCCGGCAGUGAGGUCUUUGGGCCCAGAAAACCUCCUGCUGAAAGGGGCAACUUUAAAGAACACUCAGAGAAUCUGUGGUGUUGCAAUUUACACUGGCAUGGAGACAAAGAUGGCGCUCAACUACCAGAGCAAGUCUCAAAAACGCUCUGCUGUGGAGAAGUCUAUCAAUGCCUUCCUUCUGGUUUACCUUUGCAUAUUGGUGAGCAAGGCCCUAGUGUGCACUACACUUAAGUAUGUGUGGCAGGGCAAGCCCGGACAGGAUGAGCCUUGGUACAAUGAGAAAAAUCAGAGAGAGAAGGACACCAAUCUGUACCUAAAGAUGUUCACUGACUUCCUGUCCUUCAUGGUGCUCUUCAACUUCAUCAUUCCGGUAUCCAUGUAUGUGACGGUUGAGAUGCAAAAGUUUUUGGGAUCAUUUUUCAUCACAUGGGACAAAGACUUCUUUGAUCCUGAAAUCAAGGAGGGAGCCCUGGUCAACACUUCAGACCUCAAUGAGGAGCUGGGACAGGUGGAGUAUGUCUUCACAGACAAGACGGGCACCCUCACUCAGAACAACAUGGAGUUCAUCGAGUGCUGCAUCGAUGGCUUCCAGUACAAGUACCGGGACGCGAGCUCCGAUUUGGAUGGAUUCUGUGUCACAGAUGGACCUGUGAACAAAGUGCAGGAGAAAGCUGGCAGGGAGAAGGAGGAGCUGUUUCUGCGUGCCCUGUGCCUGUGCCACACAGUCCAGGUGAAGGAGUCUCCAGAGCAGGGUCAAGGCCAAAGGGACCAGGUGGAUGGCUUCGGGCUGGAUGAAGAGGUGCUCCCUCCACCGCGGGAGCAUCGGGGCUUUAUCGCCUCUUCACCUGAUGAGGUUGCUCUGGUCAAGGGUGCCAUGAGGUUUGGCUUCACAUUUCUGGGUCUGGAAAGUAAGAACAUGAAAAUUCUCACCAGGAACAAUGAUGUUGAAAUGUAUGAACUGCUUCACGUGUUGAACUUUGACCCCGUGAGAAGGCGCAUGAGUGUAAUAGUCAGAUCCAAAUCAGGUGAUACAUUGCUCUUCUGUAAGGGAGCAGACUCUUCCAUAUUUCCGCGCGUCAGACAGGAGGAGGUUGAAAGGAUACGCCUGCACGUGGAGCGUAAUGCCACGGAGGGCUACCGGACACUGUGUGUGGCCUACAAAUAUCUCGGUGCAGACGAGUACGCCCAGGCAGAUGCCGGCUUGAGGGAAGCUCGGCUGGCUCUGCAGGACAGAGAGGAGAAGCUCAUGGCCGUUUACAACCAAGUGGAGACUGGCAUGUGUCUAAUAGGAGCGACUGCUGUAGAGGACCGGCUUCAAGAGGAGGCAGCAGAGACCAUGGAGGCUCUGCAGGGUGCCGGUAUUAAAGUUUGGGUCCUAACGGGGGACAAGAUGGAGACGGCAAAGUCCACCUGCUAUGCUUGUAGAUUGUUCCAGAGAAAUACGGAGCUGUUGGAGCUUACUGUGCGUACUCUGGAGGAUGGAGGGAAGAGGCGGGAGGAACGACUGCAUGAGCUCUUGCUUGAAUACCACAAGAAAACUGUACAGGAUGCACCACCGGCUAAAUCGGGCGUCACCAGGACCUGGUCUUCAGCAAACCAUGACUAUGGCUUCAUCAUAGACGGAGCCACUCUGUCGAUGGUGCUCAACUCCUCCUCUGAAUCCAACUCGAGUCGCUACAAGAACCUGUUGCUGCAGAUUUGUCAAAACUGCACCUCUGUGCUCUGCUGCCGCAUGGCUCCUCUCCAGAAGGCUCAGAUUGUUAAAAUGGUGAAGAACUCUAAAGGCAGCCCGAUCACUCUCUCCAUUGGAGAUGGGGCCAAUGACGUCAGCAUGAUUUUGGAAGCUCAUGUUGGCAUUGGUAUUAAGGGUAAGGAGGGUCGGCAGGCAGUGAGGAACAGUGAUUAUGCCAUCCCCAAACUCAAGCACCUCAAGAAACUUUUGUUGGCUCAUGGGCAUCUCUACUAUGUCCGCAUUGCACACCUGGUGCAAUAUUUCUUUUACAAGAACCUCUGCUUCAUCUUACCUCAGUUUUUGUACCAGUUCUUCUGUGGCUAUUCCCAGCAACCCCUGUAUGACGCGGCCUAUCUGACGAUGUACAACAUCUGCUUCACCUCUAUGCCCAUCCUGGCCUACAGUCUCCUGGAGCAGCACGUCUGCAUUGAGGUUCUGCUGGACAACGCUGCCCUCUACAGAGAUAUUGCUAAGAAUGGCAUGUUACAGUGGAGACCGUUCCUCUACUGGACUCUACUUGGAGUCUUCCACGGCCUGCUCUUCUUCUUUGGUGUUAGAUUUUUGUUCAGUAACCCAGCACUGCAGGACAACGGCCAGGUUUUUGGCAACUGGUCAUACGGAACAAUUGUCUUCACCAUCCUUGUCUUCACUGUCACACUGAAGCUCGCUCUGGACACACGGCACUGGACAUGGAUCAACCACUUUGUCAUCUGGGGCUCCCUCCUUUUCUACGUGUUUUUCAGCUUCUUCUGGGGAGGAAUAAUAUGGCCUUUCCUGAAGCAGCAACGUUUGUACUUUGUGUUUGCCAACAUGUUGAGCUCCGUGUCGGCCUGGCUGGUCAUCAUCCUGCUCAUCCUGCUCAGCCUCCUGCCAGAGAUCCUGCUUGUGGUGUUCCGCAAGCGUCGUGGGCCUCGACAGCUGUCAGAGGCCCGUCAACUCCCAAGAUCCAGACCGCAGCUGUCACACCACUAUCCUAUAAGCACCUGAAGGAGCACGAGUGAAAGGCAGAAAGGAUUGUGUCCCAUACCAUUCAGGUCUGUCUGCCAUCAUGCCUGGUCUUAAAAGAGGAAAAGAAGAAGAACAAGAUGAAGAGGAGGACAACAAACAAGAUGAGCGAUGGGCUGACUGGGGGGUGAAGGGUUAAAAAGGAGUUUAGCAGUCUUUUGACUGGCGUCUCUUUCUCUGCCCAAUCCCAACCGAACCUAACCCCCCAAUGCAUGCCUGCAGAGCAGUGCCCUGCAUUAUUUUUAAUAUCUACUCCGAUGACGGGCAUGCAUUUUCUUUCUUUUUACUUCUUUAAAAGAAAUACUAGCUUACAAAAGAAUGCAUACACGGCUGCCUUGUCAGUAGCUCUAUCCAACUGCUGUGUUUUAACAAGCGGUUGUAAUAAUAUCCACUCUAAGAAUGGUUCACCUGCAUGAAAGAAGGCCCAACAGAACGCUUCACUCCACUAAUGUUCAAUCACUGUGUUCUGCAACGUUUUUAUAUGAUCUCAUUCUCACCAAUGGUUACACUUUGAACGGUUAUUAUACUUUAUACUUCUUAUGUUUUUCAACAGUUAUUCUUUAUUUGGUUAUGUUUCAGUACUUGCACUCACGCACGGUUUAAAUUAUUCAAGAGAAAAGGUCACUGAAGGUGAUUUCAGAGCAGUUUAUAGAGGAUUAUAUGAUUAUUGUUGUUUCCAAUGAGAAAUAUGCAUUUCUAUUGAAUCCUAAGAUGUAAGAGGAGCUGAUGGAGGCCAGAGAUACCCCUCAAUCCAAAGUGUGUGUGUGUACGUGUUUGUGUGUUUGUACGCAAGAUUGAGAACAAUAUUAGAUGUGAAGCAAUAAGACAUUGCACAGAGCGAGACCUAAAUCUGCCAACCUCAGAGAUAAUUUAAAAGUCCAUUUAAAAUAAGAAUAUUAAUAUAUGUGCUCUACUGUGUAUACUUAGAUUAGAGAUGUAAAAGAGCAUCUGCUCAAAGCCAAAAAGAUGAACGCAAUGUGAUCCGAUUCUGUCCACACAGGAUAUGUGCGUAAGUGUUACUGUAAGUGCUGGAUGACAACAUCCAGAAAGGCCCGUGUGUCCCGAACACCAGGAUUACUUGAGCCCCAUUGAUGUAGUUCGCCUCGACACGUCCUGCACUAUUUAGGAAGCUGGUGUCCUCAUUGCUGAGAUGGUCACAAAGGCACACACACAUGCACAUAUCCGAGAGACAAGAACACGCACGCACAAAAUACCACGUUGUACACAUUAUUGCGUACAUGCACUAACGCCUAAAUGAGAUAUUCGUGUUCAUUAGCUAGUGAGCAUCAUUUGUCUCAGGCUUGCUAAAGUUGGAGUGUAAAGAAAAUCAACUCCAAACCUGCAGAGUCGACGUAGCUCAAACCACUUCGGGGCUCCAGGCUCCGGCUCGUCCUCCUGUUUUGGGUCAAAUUGACUGACUGACGGGUCGACGGAGUGGACCGCUUGUUCCUUCCUUUAACUUCUUGUGUGCUUCAUACAUUCCAUUCAAACAUGCCAUGAUUUCAAACACUUUCAAAUGAGUGUUUCUGAAUACUCUUGUUUUCUGUUAUUUCCACAAACCUGUAUUUCUCUAUUUGACAUAUUUAUUGUUAAGUGUACUUUUACUCACAAAUGUUGUUCUUUUAUUACUUAAUUUUUUUUUACAUUUUUUUUUUAUUGUGAAGACUGGUCAAUCUUGUGCUCGUUACUCCAGCCCUGAUGUGAGCCUGUGCCAAUCCCUUUUAGUAGUCUUUGUCAUACAUGCUAAGACAGGCAGCUCCGACAACACACUCCCAGUAUCCCAGUCGAACCAGUGCCGGUCCUUUUACCAGGUUAUCUCAGCGCUUGGUUUAAACUGAUGAGUAGCUGUCGGGGGGGGUGAUUUUAUAGAGUUUACUACUACUCUGAUCCCUGCUCAAACAAUAACUCCAGUGCAGUAAUUUCCAGUACUGACCGUGUAUUUCACCCCACUGGCUUAUCCGAUACAGUGCUUGUCAUUCCGCCAAAUGAAAAUAAUUAAUUUAUGUUAAUUUGUUUUUAACAAAUGGAAAAAUGUACGCACCUUUUCAGUGUCAUUUUCUACUAAGACGACCUGUUUUUCUGAUGUCAGGAUUAUGCCGGGGUCUGUUUGUCUUUCCUCUGACACGUCGCCUCCAGAGAGGACGCGCUGAGCGGGGCUGCCUGCUUUGCUGAAAAACAUUAUAAAACCUUUAAGUGACAUCGGAGAUGCUAUUUUCAGAGCUUAAUAUCUUGUAAUCUAAUGUUUUGCCUGUUUAAAUGAAAAGUAUAAAAGAGUGGAUUGUAUUUUUAAUGCAACAUUUUUCCAGCCACUUUUGCAAUAAAAUCAAAACGUCCAAAAACAAAAAGCACGAGAGGCUCUGUGGUUGUGGAUGCUGUCCCUGUGUGAGGGCCGGGGGUGGACACCUCGCCACCUCCGGCCCUUUGGGUCUCCAGCCUCAACACUCUAAACCUCCAAGCUGAAUGUACCUCUUUGAAACUCGUCUGUCUAAAACCUGAAGAUUUUUCUGAAAUAAAGCAGAAUGUUUUAAAGAUUAAAAAAAACUUCUUCUAGUG